CACCUCUAAUCCUCCAACCAUCUCUCCUCAACACAGUGCCUAAACACACGGCACCAAAAUCACGCCAUCCACCACCCAACUUCCAACAAACCCCAUCCCAAGCCAACGAUCAACCCCCCAAACCCUCAAAAUGCACCUCCCGACCCUCCUCCUCACCACCCUAACCGCCGCCCUCGCCACCGCCGACCUGAUCGAAUACUGCCCCUUCGCGCAGGACAAGACGGGCAUGCUGCAGCACCCCUACUGCUGCGACAGCUACACGCCCUCGAAGGUGACCGAACUAGCGGUGGAGGGGACGAACUGUCAACAAGUUACUGAGCCGGUGGCUAAGUGUCCGAAUGGGUUGGGGGUGAAGUGUUGUUAUACGAUUAACCAGAUUUUUAUCUGUACGGCGGAUGCGAUCUUGGAGGAUGAUUAGAUGGGUUUGUUUGGAGGGGGUAUGCAUGGGGAUGGAUGGAGUGGUGGAAAGGGUUGAGGGGUUGUGAUGAAUACAGUCAGUCG